UUCGCUUCGGAAAAACGUUUUUUUGAGUUCUUUUUGCACGAAAUCCGUGCCGGUCUCUGGGAAAUUGUGAAGAAGCAUCGAAAGGCGGAUGUAAAAUGGACAAGAAACUUCCAGCUCCUGCGCUAAAACUCUUGACGACGAAGACAGGAACAGAACAGGAGGAUAAACCCAAGGAUCAUGAAGGCCGUCAACGAUCUUUUCCCCACGAACGCGGAAUUUGGGCCAGCUACGUGUACAUCGACUAUGAUGAAGAGGAGGGCCUAUCGCGCAUGCAGCAAGAAUGGAACCAAGAGCUUCAGGCGGCCGGCAUCAAAGAGUUUCAACCAGUAGCACACCUUCACCUGAGCCUCACGAAAACAUUCACCAUUCGGCACCACAACAUCGUUCCAUUCGUCGGUAGUCUACAGGAACAGCUAGGCGUUCAUCGACGGUUUCGUCUCGAACUGGACGGAGUUGGCGUGUACGUGAACGAAGAGCGGACACGGACCUUUAUCGGUGUUCGGAUUGGUGAAGUUUCUUUCCCACCACUGGAUAAGCUAGUGACCGAGUUGGACGAGUGUUUGCUGGAGUACAAGCUACCGCGUUACUAUGAGGACCGCUCGUUUCACAUCAGCCUACUGUGGGCUUUGGGCGAUCAAUCGGAAACAGUUGCCAGUAGCCUACCGAAGCUGACGGAACGAUUCGAAGAGAUUUACGAGGAAGAAUACACGGACUUAACACAAACAAUUCGAAAACUGUGGUUCAAAUGUGGCAAUAAACUUUAUCAUUUUCAACUUGCGUGA